AUGGCUGCAGACACAGUAUCAAACAUCACCAACAAGGUGCAACACGCCCCGUCCGUCGUGUCUUUCCUCGCUAUCGGCCUCUUGCAAGGCGUGACGGUGUCAAUUCUUCAGGGAAUUGUUGUCAUCAAUUGGAAUGAGUACCUCAAGCCAACUGUGUUGCAAGUCCCAAGAGGAUACACAAUCCCAGCCAAUUUAGCCAUCUUCAUUUUUGGCUUUGUAUUCCAGCUCAUUUUCAUGAUCGAUGCAAUUCGUCUCAAGAGUACAGCUCAGGCCAUGCUUGCCUGCCUGCUCAACGCUGGUUUCCUGCCUCUGGCCGUCUACCAGCGCAAGCAAAUCAGGGAGAGUAUCGAAUCACUCUCAGGCUCUACUGAUAUGAACGGUGAAUCUUUGGUUCACCUAGAUAAGCCUAUUUGGGAAGAUAUUGGCGGUAUUUUGUUCGCCAUGCCGUUUGUCGUAGGAGUCUGCACCCUCUUUCUUAUUAUCACCGUUUGGUACCUUAAACAACACUUCGAUUGGCAAGCGUAUCGAAAUGUUGGUGCAGAUGCUAGGUUAAGAAGGAUUCGAAUGAUUCACCUGAUCUUCGUCAUGUUUGCCAAAGUAGUUAUUUACUUUAUUAUCUGCUACGAAGUCAUCUACGGCGUCACCCAACUUCGAGGCAUGGGAACCGAAUUCAUCAUUCGCAUGGUUCUUCUUGGAGUUGCUGUUAUCAUCACCAUGCUAUCUAUAAUAUUCAGCAAGACGGAAAACCGCAUAGGCAUGGUGGCCUCGAUCGUCAUCUUCCUCGCCAGUAUCUCUUAUUUCAUCUUCAACAUUGUCCGGAUGCAGACCCACUGGGACAAUUAUGGAGCCACAGGUGAUAUCAUGACUUGCUAUGCUCUCAUGGCUGCUGUGUUUCUUCUCGCGACAGCCAUCUUUGGCAUGUUGUGCUUGAAGAACUUCUAUGGAGGUCUGAAGGAGUAUCUGGAAAAGCACGAAGAAACGGGCCAGAGGCCUCCAUCAGUCAAGAAUUUUGAACUCGAUGCUAGAAAUAGCUUCAGUUACCAGAGUAUGAGGGGCAUACGGGAUCUGGACAGUUAA